AUGAAGUUUGCGAAAGAGCUCGAGCAGGACCUUGUUCCAGAAUGGCGAGUCAAAUACCUUGACUACAAGGCCGGCAAGAAGCGAGUGAAGGCCGUUGGUCGAGCUGUCGCACGCGCAAACGCAAACGCAACUCCUAGAUCCGGCAAACUCAACCCGCGCGAUCUCUAUCGAAGCAAUGGCUCUCCGACCCUGACUAGGAAGGCAGCGCUUCCUGCGCCUCAGCGUCAGCUUACAACGCAUGGAUACAACUCCUUGCCUGAGCGACGUGGCACAGCAUCGCGCCCCACCUCCGACGAGACCGACCAACUCACAAAACCCAUCCUGAUAAACAGGCGGAAUGGAAAAGAGGCAGAGAGCCCAGAGAGCACACAAUUGCAGUAUGGAAGCUUUGUACCCACGCCACCUAGCGACUAUGGUCUCAUACAUCUCGAGUUACCAGACCCGGCGCUGAGCACUGGAAUCGACAAUAGUCCACCAGAAAGAGCCACGGACAAGACAUCUAGAUCGCAGCAUCGGGGUAGCGUGUCGGACAAGGCACCACCGGGUCCACAAAAUGCGCAUACCGUUGUGGAAAGGGGUACGGCACCCAAACGACCAGCCAUUGCGGACAUGUUCAAUCGCGGGAGUUCGAUGACCAUAACUGGGAGCGCAGCGAAUAUCUCAAGCCCUGGGGACCCAAAGCCGCUACUGAAACGAAUCUGGUCGCGUUCUGGGGCGAAACGUGAUGAAGUAGCGCUGGAUGUCAAUAUGAACCCCCUGGACUAUGUGAAGGCGAAGGAAAAGGAAUUCUUCGACUGGAUGGAUGGGCAGCUGGACAAAGUUGAAACCUUCUACAAGGAGAAAGAAGACGAAUCAGAGGAAAGACUGAAUGUCCUGAGGGGACAACUAUACGAGAUGAGGAAUCGUCGCAUUGAAGAGAUUUCAAAUUUCAGGACAGUAAAGCGGGCUGGUAGAGGUGAGGCAGGCAAGUCGAUUGAUGACAUCCCCGGCAACCCUAGCCCCUCGAGUGGGAGUGGCACCCCUCCGCCCAACCAGAAUAUAUUGAAGAGACCUGUUACGAAGGCUUUGGAUAGUCUAAAGUUUGGGCAAAGACUUGGCCUAAACUCGAAGGCGCUGCGCGAUAUGCACCUCACGCCAAACCUCCGACCGUCAGAGGGAACGCAAGUAGCUCGUGGGACGGAUCCUUCUCAAGACUAUGUCCGGAGAGCUCAUGAACAUGAAGUCCCGUAUAGAUCUGCGAAAAGGAAGCUUAAGCUUGCCCUGAAGGAGUAUUAUCGUGGCCUUGAGCUUUUAAAAUCAUAUGCCUUGCUGAACCGAACUGCGUUCCGGAAGAUCAACAAAAAGUACGACAAGGCAGCAAACGCCCAUCCACCCUUGCGUUACAUGUCGGACAAGGUCAACAAGGCCUGGUUCGUCCAAAGCAGCGUCGUCGAUAGCCACCUUCACGCCGUCGAAGACCUCUAUGCUCGUUACUUCGAGCGCGGGAACCACAAAGUGGCCAUGGGCAAGCUGCGCAGCGCAAAUGGGAAGCUGGGACAACAUACGGCCAGUGCCUUCCGCAGCGGCCUCCUUAUUGGAACUGGUGCGGUCUUUGGAAUCCAGGGGGUCGUCAACGCUGCCGCCAUCCUUCGGAAUCAUUCCGACCCGGUAAUCCAUCUACGCACUGGUUAUCUACUUCAGAUAUAUGGGGGAUACUUCCUCGCUUUAUAUUUGUUUUCAUUUUUCUGCCUUGACUGCAGCGUCUGGGCUGCUAACAAAAUCAACUACGUAUUUAUUUUCGAGUUUGAUCCGCGCAACAAUCUCGACUGGAGGCAACUGGCAGAGUUCCCUUCAUUCCUCACACUGCUGCUUGGAUUAUUUGUUUGGCUAAAUUUCUCGGCUGUCGGCAGUCCCGACAUGUAUCUGUAUUACCCUGUCAUUUUAAUUUUUCUUACUUUGGUUUUUAUCUUUUUGCCUGCACCGAUACUGUUUAAUCAGAGUCGGAGAUGGUUUGCAUAUGCACAUUGGCGUUUACUUCUUGCCGGAUUAUACCCCGUUGAAUUUCGAGAUUUCUUUCUAGGAGAUAUGUACUGUUCCUUGACAUAUGUUACGGCUAAUAUUGAGCUUUUCUUUUGCCUUUAUGCGAAUCACUGGUCUGACCCGCCACAAUGCAACUCUGGGAAUUCCCGCCUCCUCGGAUUUUUCACGGCGCUUCCGGGAAUUUGGCGUGCUCUGCAAUGCCUUCGUCGAUACUACGAUACUCGGUCUGCGUUUCCCCAUCUUGCCAAUUUUGGCAAAUACAGCACAACAAUCCUUUACUACAUCACACUGUCUCUGUACCGUAUCAAGGAGUCCAAUACGCACCUGGCCGUUUUCAUCACUAUCGCCGUUGUCAACUCCAUCUACUCUACGCUCUGGGAUCUCUUCAUGGAUUGGUCUCUGAUACAGCCCUCUGCGAAACAUAAGUUCCUUAGACCAGUCCUGGGGUACAAGUCACCAUGGUACUACUACUCAGCCAUAGUCUUUGACGUUCUUCUCCGCUUCAACUGGAUCUUCUACGCUUUAUUCACGCACAACACACAGCACAGCACCAUCGCAUCCUUCUCCAUCUCAUUCUCGGAAGCAAAUCGCCGCGGUGUCUGGGCGCUGUUCCGUGUUGAGAACGAACACGCAGCCAACGUGAUGCGGUUUAAAGCCUCGCGCGACGUACCGCUUCCUUACAAGUUGCACGACACAGACGAGACAUCAGCCUCGGAGUCGAUGGUUCGGCCAAUUGGCGAGGACGGUGAGAACGCCGAGAUGGCGAAGGUGCACUCGGGCAGCUUGCGACCCACUCCUAGCCCGGGACAGAGCCGAUUCCGCGCGCGCACGUCGUCAUCGGCUAGGGCAGAGGAGCAGGGGCCUGACACAUUAAGGCGACGAAUGACAAUUACGAAGAUCAUGGCGGAGGCACACACGCAGGAUUUCGUGAAGAAGAAGGGCAAGGAAGAGGUAGCGGGCGCGGCUGCCACGAGGGAAGAGGAUAGCUGGGAGAGGGAGAGCAGUGAUGACGAUGAGGAUGAUGGCAGCCCGAGCGAGGGGAGGGAGGAUGAGGAGCUGACGAGGCAAAGAGACGGAGCAGGUCGACAGGCACGGCGAAAUGCAGGGAGAGGGGGACUAUAA